AUGUUCUCUGCCUCCCCAAAUUAAGUCUCAUCAAGGAGAAUGUGGCCUCAAGGGGCCAUCUUUGUGGCCCUUCCCCACCUGGGGCCCAUUAUGGUCUGGCUGUUUGCCCGUCAUCGAAUACCUGGUUGGUGUAAGAGCCCGAGGAAGGUGCCCUGGUGUCCAUCCCACAAAGCCUUGUUGCUUGUGUGGACAAUCAUCUACUCAAUCAUUGGCUAUGCCUCCUACUUGGUGUGGAAGGACCUGGGAGGGGGCUUUGGGCGGCGCCUGAUCCUGCCUCUUGGCCUCUAUGCUGUACAGCUCACCAUCAGCUGGACCGUCCUGAUUCUCUUUUUCAUGGCCCACAACCCUGGUCUGGCCCUGUUGCACCUGCUGCUGCUCUACGGGCUGGUGGUGAGCACAGCACUCAUCUGGCACCCCAUCAACAAGCUGGCAGCGCUGCUCCUGCUGCCCUACCUGGCCUGGCUCACCGUGACUGCUGCAAUCGCCUACUACCUGUGGAUGGACAGCCAUUGUCCAGAGCACCAGCCUCAGCCCAUGGGGGAGAAGAGCGACUGA